GCACAUGGUUAGGGAAUAAAAAUGGGAAAAGACAAGAAAAGAAAGUCUGAAGGUGCAGAAGAGGAGGGUGGCGACAGCAAAGAAGCAUGGAAUUCGAAAAUUGAACAUCUUAAUGCUAUUUCAAAGCCACUUGCUCCGCGUAAAUUAAGCAAGCGAUUGUAUAAAGCAAUCAAGAAAGCUGCAAAACAAAAACAGCUGAGAAAGGGAGUAAGAGAAGUACAGAAAUUUGUAAGAAAAGGAGAAAAAGGUGUGAUUGUGUUGGCUGGAGAUGUUAGUCCAGUUGAUGUCAUCUGUCAUAUGCCACUUCUGUGUGAGGAAGGAGGGAUACCCUACUGUUACACACCCUCCAAAGAUGACCUGGGAUCUGCAUGUGGAUCAAAGCGACCAACCUGUAUGGUAAUGAUCAAGCCUCAUGAUGACUACUGGGACUUAUAUGAUGAAUGUUUUGGAGAGGUCAAAGAUCUUCCGCUUCCAAUCUAAGGCUGGAAUUGUGGGAUAUGGAAAUUUGUGUUCAACUGUAAGAUCUUGAAAAUUGUUAGAUGCAGAAAAGUAAAAUAAUUCCUGGAUACAACUCUUGUCCUCCCAAUCUAAAGAUGUUGGACAACAUGGUAGCAGAUGUUUUAUUGACAUACAUGUACACUGCAUUAAGGACUCAAUUGUUCAAACCACUUAUGACUUAGAAGUUAACUUGGAUUUCAAGAAUGCCAGAUAUUUUUCUACCUUCUAAAAAUUUUAAUGUUUCCUUUUUGUAGUUCCGAGUUGUUUUUUUCAUAUUGUUUUUUUAUAUAUAAAAUUAGCAAUUCUAAAAAUAUCUGAGACAGAAAAUUUCAUUACAUGUCCUGUUAUGAUCAGAUGGUGUUUCGAAGAUGGCGUCAUCAUAUAUUCGGUAAUUUACAUAAUACAGGUUUUACUUAAUUGUGUGAAAGAGAGCUGGUAAAUGUAUCAUUUGAUGCAUUUUAUGGUAUGGAAGUUUUUGCAAUCUUUUAACCUUAUCUGAUGAUACUUUCAUUAUUCACUACACAAAUAGACAAAUCACUUUCUCACUUAAUAUAUAUAUAUCAUUGAAAUUUUGUAUAUAUAUAUAUAUCAUUGAAAUUUUGUAUCUCUUGUCAAUGGUUAUGAAAUUUUUUGUCUCAUGUCUAAGGUAAUUUACUUUUCUUGUCUUCUUGAACUAGCAUUUAUUGUGUUUUAUUGGAAGGUCCAAUAUGUGUUCAGAGAGCCCAUGAUAUUUAAACAUAUACAUCUAUGAAAUAGCAUCAUUUUAUUUUAGGGAACUUAUUGUUACAAAUUUUGUGGCCUGCAGACUAUCGAUUAUAAGUGGUGGUGUUGCAGAAUUUCAACCCUAGAAAUUUGUUAUGGGAACAGACUGAUGAAGUGUGAACCCUAAAAUACAACAGUGUUGUACAGCUAAUGAAAGGAAAGUGUGACUGUAAAAUAGUGUGGAUGUGGCAAGAGAGAACUGAGUGAAAGCAGAGAGCUAAAUAACACUAGGUUUCUGGUGAAAGUUAUUGUUUUCACACAAUUAUUAAGGAAUGUGGAUUAUCAGAUUUUCAAUAAAACAUUACCACAUUA